AUGCGCGGGAGCAGCUCCGAGCUCCUGCUGGAGGCGAGCUGCGUCCAGUGUCAGAGCGAUCAUCACAGCCAGCACAGCCGGCAUCAUCAGCCAGAGCAUCAGCUGACCGAGAAGCACGACUUAAAGGAGCGAGAGCUACGUCGUCGCAAGCUGUUGGAGCUCGGGUUCGGCGCUUCGCGGCGCCGACCGCCACGGCGUACCUGCCGUCAGCGGUUCAACUUUUACGCGACCUCGGCGUUAGCCUUCGUCGCGACUUCUGGCGGGGCGGCUCUUCUGUUCCUGGUGCCCCUAUACGUGGAUCCAGCGAUCAGCACCUUGGCCGCCGAUUUUUCGCCGGAGCCGGUCAUCUGCACCACAUCCAGACGGGAGGAGCUUUAUGGUCUGUUCAAUUGCACGUGGAGCUCGUGCCGGGAGGGGUGCACCAGCGACGUUUACAGGUGUACGCAUAUUUACGUCACGUACACACCAUGGAGCAACGACAGCAUGAAGAACGACACUGGCGGUAGAGGGAACUCGAGCACUACCGGCGUCGCGCACACAUCGACGACUACCGUGUCGACGCCAGGCGACGUCGAAGCGGUGCUCCUGGUGAACAUCAAAGGUUGCGGUUACCCGCCGAUCGUCGACUGCGACAACUUCACCCGCGAAUUGGGCUACGAGGGCGCCAGGUUCCCCUGCCAUUACAGCCGCUUGAACGGCAGCAUAGUGAUGGCGAACUAUAACCGCGAGGCUCAGGUCACCACCAUCAUACACUUCUUCGCGGCCCCGUUCGUAGUGACACUCGCGACCAGCGUAGCUCUGUGUGUGAUGCACUGUGACUGUAGGUGCAGUCCACCGCCACGACAUACGUCGCGUGGGAUCAGGAGGGGCCGGGGCAACGAUGUCAGCGAUCACUCGAUAAGCAAUCGCGUGGAUCGUCGAGGUCACCCGAUGUACUGCGAGUGUGGUGAAGUGACGAGGCCCUUAUGACGACGCGAGGAAACGGCCGAGAGUGCCCUGGCCACGUCGCAGUCCGACUUCUAGGCCUAACCCACUCUGUUCCAGUUAUCCUGGCCCACGGCCGUUUCCAUCUCCGACCAUUCCCCCAUCUCGAAACCAUCGCACACACCUCUAUAACUCACGAACCGAACCUACCCCUUUCGAUAGAACACACACACACACACACACAAAAACACAAACACAGACAC